AUGGAGACGAGUAAGAAGAGCCGGGCUCCUUCAGGCCGUGUGUGGGCGAAGCCCUGCAGUAUGCAGGAGCUGAAGAUCGUGAUGAGACUCUCGGCACCUUCCCCCGCCUUCGCUCCCCCCUUCUAUCCCCUGGGGACCCCCAUGGAUGGGGGCGACAUGCAAGAGAAGGAAACCGUCACCCCUGAGAGAGCAGAAGAGGCGAAACUGAAGGCCAAGUACCCCAACCUAGGCCAGAAACCUGGAGGCUCCGACUUCCUCAUGAAGAGACUGCAGAAAGGGCAAAAAUACUUUGAUUCUGGUGACUACAACAUGGCCAAGGCAAAGAUGAAGAACAAGCAGUUGCCAAGUGCGGGGCCAGACAAGAACCUGGUGACAGGAGACCACAUCCCCACACCGCAGGACCUCCCGCAGAGAAAAUCCUCGCUUGUAACCAGCAAGCUGGCAGGGUAG